GCCUAUGGUCAGACACCCUCUUCUUUGCCUCUUGCUCCACCCCACAGCCCCUGCCCUCGAGCCCAGCCUCCUUUCCACCUGGCCCCACCCUGACCCGCAGGUGCCCCUCUGACUGAGAGGGUGUGUGUGAGGCAUGGGGGCAUCUCUGGAGCCCCUGAUAACAGUGGUCACACUGGGGCCUGGGACUCUGGGCCAAGAAGUUUGGGGGCCCUGUGAGAUGGCCCCACUCGGGCCACUGCCAAGCCACCUCAGGCCAGGGAACCCAGCAGUCCCUUGUCCAUAGACACUCCAAUGUGGAGGUGGGGUGCAGCUGAGGGGGCCGCAGGAGCUGUAACUCCCCCCCCUCCAUUUUACAGAGGAGGAAGUGGAGGUCUGGAGGGAAGGGAGGUGCCCAGAGGUAGGCCAGGAGCUGGUAGAAGGACCAGGAACUGAGCUUUGAACUCCAGCCCCAUCCGGAGGCAGGCCUGUGCCCAGGUGGUGCUGGGGCCCUGAGGGCCAGGGUCCACGCUCACCUCCUAGCUCUGUCCACAUGUUCUGUUUCCUCCGGAAUUGGGAGGCCUCAGCACUGGUGCCCAUGGCAGAGGCCCACAGGCUUGGCAGGUUCCAGAGGGGCCAGAGCUGCCAUUGCCCAGGUGGCCCUGGCACCUGCCCCAUCUCCUGAGGACCCAGGAGGCCCUGGGGUCUGCUGCUUGCAUGGCCCAGCCCCUCUCCUUUCCCAGGCAUGGAGGUAGGACCUGGCAGCCUGGGGUGGGCAGCCUGCUCUGUGGUGGGCCUCACAGGCCCACUGUGUUUGGAGACAGAAGCCCCAUUCAUGGGGGCCACUGGGCCUGGGCCAGUGGAGAAUAAAUGCAGGCCUUACAGAAAAAGAACAGGAGCACUCGGGUCCAAGAAAAAAUCAAUCUCUCUUUCUCUUCAGGUGGGAGCAGGCAACUGUUGGGGUAAGUCGGGGGCAAGGCUUGGAGAGGUGUGUGUUUGAGGGGGUGCUUCCUGGGGGAGGGCCAAGGCGAGUAGGGGAGGCUGUGAGCGCUGCAGCCAGGGCCAAGAGCUCAGGCAGCAGAACUGUUGCGUGCCAUCCCGCGUGUGUCCCUUCCUGCUGUGGCUGCCGCUCCCACCUCUCCCAGCAAUUCUUCCCUCCACUGGCCCAGGCGGCCUGUGCGGCCCACGUGAGGUGGCCAUGAAGACCAUGCUGCUCCCCAUCCUGGCUCUUUGGGUGGGCUGCUGCCCCAGAGGGGCCCUGGCCAAGCAGGGGCCGAGCCUGAGAGAGCCCAUGGCUGCGCCAACACCCGGGAGCUUGCAUACCCUGCGGCCACCACCGCCCAGCCAGCCUAGGACCCCCGACGGUCAGGUGCGACCAAUUCCCAGGAACGGCGACCCGGACAGGCCUGAGGACGGAGCCCACGGAGACCCUGCCCAGCCCCCAGCCCCUGGCUGGAAGGCCCCUGCCAGACCAGGGCUGGCCCAGAGGAAGGAGCUGCCCCCAGCAGCCUGGGAGCAGGAACAGGGUCAUAACAAGGAGCCCAGCACCGAGUGGGCCCAGCCCCAGGCCACAGCGGCAGCAGGGGCUGAGGCAGCAAAGCCCCAGGCCGCCAAACUCAGGCCCUUGCAGGCCAGCAGGGCCCCCCGAGCCCAAGAUGGGGCAGUGGCUGGUGAGAAGGGCCAGGGCAGGAAGGCGAGAGUCCGCGAAGCCAGGAGCAGAGGCCUGAAGCUCGGGAGGCCCCCCAAAGGGUCCUCCCACCAACCUGGCCGAGGGGGCUGGCGUCAAAAGAAAGACCGCAGCCAAGGCCAUGGUGGCAGCAGCAUCCUGAGGACCACAGGCCAUGGGCAGAAAAGGCCCGGAAGCAGUCAAGGCCCCGGGCACAGGCUUGCAGACCUGGGCACUGCUGAGCAAGCUGUGCCCUCCCUGCCGGCCUCCUGCCUCCUGGCCCGGGCGGCCAUUGCCUGUGGCAACGUCAAGAUGAAGCAUGUCCCUGCCCUGACCGACCCUGGCCUGACCACACUCUACCUGGCAGAGAACGAAAUUGCCAAGAUCCCAGCCCACACGUUCCUGGGGCUGCCCAACCUGGAAUGGCUUGACCUGAGCAAGAACAAGCUGGAUGCCCAAGGCCUGCACCCUCAUGCCUUCAAGAAUCUGACCCGGCUGAAACGGCUGAACCUGGAUGGGAACUCACUGUCCACAGUGCCAGCCUUGCCCACCUCCCUGCAAGAGCUCAAACUCAACGACAACCUCCUGCAGGGCCUGCAGCACAGCAGCUUCCAGGGGCUCAGCCAGCUGCUGACACUGGAGGUGGAAGGGAACCAGCUGCAUGACGGGAAUAUCUCCCCCCUGGCCUUCCAGCCCCUACGCAGCCUGGUCUACCUGAGGCUGGACCGGAACCAGCUGCGGACCAUUCCGCCUGGCCUGCCAGCCUCCCUGCAGGAGCUGCACCUGAGCACCAACGCCAUUGAGGAAGUUUCGGAGGGUGCCCUGAACCGCAGCCGCAACCUCAGAGUGCUGGUGCUCAGCAACAACCAGCUCCAGGAGGACCGGCUUGCACCCCGUGCUUGGAUCGAUCUCCCGAAGCUGGAGACCCUUGACCUGUCCCACAACCGGCUGGUGCACGUGCCUUCCUUCCUGCCGCGGGGCCUCCGGCACCUGACGUUGCACCACAACCGCAUCGAGCGCAUCCCUGGCUACGUGUUCGCUCACAUGAAGCCAGGCCUGGAGUUCCUGCACCUGUCCCACAACAGCCUGGGCGCCGAUGGCAUCCACAGCGUGUCAUUCCUGGGCCUGCACGCCUCCCUGGCUGAGCUGCUGCUGGACCACAACCAGCUGCAGGCCAUCCCGCGGGGCCUUCUGGGCCUCAGGCGACUGCAGGUGCUGCGCCUGAGCCACAACAAGAUCAGAUACGUGCCCCUGAAUUCCAUCUGUGACACACGCGUGGCCCAGGACUCCAACCUCAUCUCCACGCACCUGGAGAACAACCUCAUCGACCGGCGCCGAAUCCCACCCACUGCCUUCUCCUGCAUCCGAGCCUACCACAGUGUGGUCCUCCAGCCCCAGCAGGGGGAGGGGGAGGGCUCCUAACCCCACCCUGCCAACCUUCCCCGCCCCCUGCUCCUUCGGGACUGGUGGUGGUGAGGGCUCAGGCCCAGCUCUACUUGAUCUUUGCACCACUGGGAGAAAGAUCUAGAAGACCCUGAUGCUUCAGAUGCGCCCACUUCCCAUUGACUCCUGAGGCCCCUUCACUUAGGAAAUGGCCCAGCAGGGUGCGGUGCUGGUUUGGACUUGAACAUAAUAAAUGCAUCUCGUUCAUGCCCGCACAGCUCCACCAGCCUCCCUCCCUCCUUCCCGGAUCUAAGCCACAUGAGCACGCUGGUUCUGCAUUGGGCAUGGAGCCCCGGGCCCGUAUCUUGGACACUGCUUUGUCAGCAGAGGGUUAAGAGGGCCUCGUUCCAAAAGCUUCUCUGAGAACCUCCCCACCUGCCCUGGCCAGGGUCCUGCAGUCCCCUGCGGCUCGGCCGCAAGCCGUCUCGGGGUCAGGCUCACCUCCUUUACUAAGGACAGCAUCAGUACCUCUCAUCCAGGAAGCGUCCCUGGCCAGGCAUCAUGGAUACACAGAGGUGAGCUCGGCUGGCAGAGCAGGCUGACAUGGAGGCACCUGCCCUUGUCCUGGAGCCACCUACACCCACGCCUGCACCGAGGCCAGAAGCACCUUUUCUCUCCCGCUCCCCCAAUUCCAGGACCGGGGCCCUCAUCUGGUUCUCCCCUCCCUGAUGCCCAGUGCACACUCAUCCCCAGUUCACUCAACCCCAUCCUGUGGGUCCCUAGGGCCCUACCCACAGCCUGUGGGGGCAGGCACAGGCGUCCAAGGAUGUGGGUCCCUGAUGUGCCCUCUUGCAACCUGGUGUCAGGGGAGAGUGGGGAGCACCAUAGCACCAUCGUCUCAACCACUCUUGGGGAGUGAGCGUUUGGUCCCUGGGAGGCCAGGCCCAGCCCUGGAGGCCCCGCAGCGACUGCUGCCUCACCCGAGUUGCAGGGAGGCAGAUGCAGACACCAGUGAGUUGUGAGGGCUCAGCCCUGCUGAGCCUGAGGAUGGGACCAGCCAGCUGUGCUGGGUGGGGACACAGGGUCUGAGGAGCCCCCUGAGACCACUGAAGCAGUUGCCCUGCCUGUGUGAGGGAGCCACUGGGAACAGGGUGGAGUCAUUAGGUCAGCUUCAACAGCCCAAGAUGCCACCCUGCUCGGUACUAGCAAGGGUGAGGGACAGCGGGCCACAACCGGCAGGGAGCACGAUGGACCCAGCCCUGCCCCGGGGGUGUGGGGGGCUUAUGGUGGUUUGGGGGCUGGGGAGACAGGCAAGCGACAGGCAUCAAGGGUGUGGCGGGAGUAGGACUGGCCCCAGUCUUCAGUGCCGCUGGAUGAGGAAGGGUAGCAACUGCCCCCUGCGGAGACCCUGCCCUCCCACCACCUCUGGCUGGGGUCUGGCCCUGGGAACUUUGAGUUUUGCAUUGGUCCCAAUCUGUAGCCAUCCCUCCCCCCCCCGCCCCAAGUUCGUAGCAGAGCGAGGGCCAGGCCCUGGCGGGGGCGGGGAGAGGCCUGGGAAGCUGGCUGAGUGUUUGCUUUGGACUCAUCCCUGCAUUCCUUCUCCUCCCGGGCCUGGGCCCACAGAUAGGGCACUUCCUGUUUGGGCUGGGUUGGGGUCAGCAGCCCUUGAGACACUGGCCACUGCUUCCCCAGCUCUCACGACCCCUCCUCCCCGGCCAGCCACCCUGGCCCAGCCCCUCCUGCUCUGGUCAGCCCCUGGCUCCCU